CCGGAAGUGUGUCGUCAUCAGCCAAACACAACCACCUGCCUCCCCCGAAUGACAUCGUGAAUUGGACACAGUCUGUGUCAGUUAGUUCGCGGCUUUUCGAGGGGAAACGAGUCGAAUGAAAACAUCUCACCCCACGAUAUUGCCGUCUGUGGUGCGCGUAGACCUCCCGCUCUAGCACCGUUAGCUUAGCUCGCCACCGCAGUGACACACUAGUGAUAGUGCUUGAAUGAAACUUCUGCUUUCCGACGGCGCAACAGAGAAGAAGAAGAGGAGAACCAAGAGCAACAGCCUCUGAGCCAGCAGUGUGUCAUGGACGCGGCUAUGGGCUGCUUGAACCUCGAGAGCUUGACCAGCACCCUGCCGCUCAUCCCCUACCAGAAGCUGACCGACCUGUACUACCUGAGCAGGGGCGGCUUCGGAACCGUGUUCAAGGCCCAGCACUCCGACUGGAGAACCACCGUGGCCGUCAAGUGCCUGAAGCUGGACUCACCUUAUGGCGAAAGGGAGAGGAGCUCACUGAUGAAGGAGGCAGAGGUCCUUCACAAAGUCCGAUUCAACUACAUCAUUCAGAUCUUCGGCAUCUGCAACGAGCCAGAGUUCCUCUGCAUUGUGACAGAAUACAUGAGUAAUGGCUCUCUGGACCUGCUGCUGCACCAGAAGGACUUGUUCCCUGAUCUUGCGUGGCCCUUGCGGCUCCGGAUCCUGUAUGAGAUCGCCCUCGGGGUCAACUUCCUUCACAACAUGAACCCCCCACUCCUGCACCAUGACCUGAAGACUCAAAAUAUUCUGUUGGACAGUGAAUUCCAUGUAAAGAUCGCAGACUUUGGUCUGUCAAAGUGGAGGAAGAUUUCUUCUGUCAGUCGGGGUUCGGGGUCAAAGCCAACAGAAAUGAGAGGCACAGUCGUCUACAUGCCUCCAGAGGAGUACAAGCACGAGGACGAGCCCAGCCGGAGACACCGGGCUGAUGUGAAGCAUGACAUGUACAGUUUCGCCAUCAUAAUGUGGGAGGUUCUCUCCAGACAGAUCCCAUUUGAAGAAGUGACCUGCCCUCUGACAAUCAUGUUCCGAGUGCUGCACGGAUUGCGUCCCGACACGAGCACGACCUUUCUGUCUGCUGAGAUUCCCAGUCGGGACACACUCGUCCAUUUGAUGACCUUAGGCUGGAACGGCAACCCUGAUGAACGACCCUCCUUCCUCAUGUGUUUGAUCGAGCUGGAGCCGAUGGUGAGGAGUUUUGAUGAAGUCCACCUCCUGGAAGCAGUGUUGGAGAUCAAGAGGGCAAAGAUGAGACAGGGCUCUCCGUGCUGCAGCUUGUCCCAGCCGCAGUGUGAGAGUGGCACCAGCCAGGAUUCCAGCAGCAAUCUGAAGCUCAGCCUGAUGCCUCGGCCGCCACAGGACAGUUCCAGCUCAGCUUCUGGCUCAUCGCUGCCAAGAACUCUCCUCAGCGACGGGUCCGGCAACUCCGGAGCUGGACUUCCUGAGUCAUUCCUGCUGGCAGCUCUGGAGCCUCCCAAGACCUUGAUAGAAGAGAAGACCAGCAAUGAUCUGAACAUCAGUGACAAGCCAGUUCCUCUCGCGUCUGAGAAUGAGACUCUAUCUUGCAAUCACUUCACCGCAAACAAAGACUGUCCUCCCCCAGCGCGUCGCUCGCUGCCCGCCAAAGGCCUCCUCUCCCAGUGGAUCAUGACACGGCGGGAAGAGAUCAUCUCCCAAAUGACUGACGCCUGCCUGAACCAGAACCUGGACGCCCUGCUGGCGGCCUCCAUGAUAAUGUGGGAGGAUUACGAAAUGGUGAUGAACCAGCCCACGCGCUCGGCCAAGGUGCGCCAGCUGCUGGACUGCUCCGACAAGCACAGCGAGGAAUUUUGCUACAUCGUCGUCCGAAAACUGUGGGAGAACAAGCAGACCAACCUGCAACCCUUUCCCGACGAAGUGAUGAACUCCUCGUCGGCUGGCCCGCCGUCACACUUGUCCACAACGCCCAUGUUUUACAACAUUCCCAAGAACAUUUAGCAAAAGGAUUCUGUCUUACACUUUAGCACAAUAAGUUCCACUCUCAAACAGCCAGAUUUGGGAGGCCAGACAGACAUUCCUGGAUUUCAUUUCACUUUAUUUAGUCUGUCGCUAGAGACAACUUCAAAUCUGAGGAUCUUUACUGAACUUGAACAUUAGUUGUGUUCCGGCGCUUGAAGCAUGUAGGUAGGAGCUUCAAGGGUAGCAGGUAGACGUGAACAUUAUUUAUUAGAGAAACAUUCGCCUUGUUAUGUAGUUGAUGCAGGAAGUCAAGAGGUUUGUUUUCAAGCUGCUUUGCAAAGACUGAAUUUGAAAAGUGUUCGACAAGACUUUGUCUUCCUUGGUGUUCCUCACCAGGCUCAGAUGGAUGGGUUGGAUUAAUUCAAAGCAAGGGUAAAACAUUUAAAAAAAAAGAUGGAGGCACUUGAGGCUCCCUUCUGAAUCCGUUUUGAACUCAUGAGUCUGUAAGAAAUGAAGCGUUCGUAUGUGUAAAAUGUUCAUUUGCCUCGUUGUAACUUAGAAAAAGUUGGCAAAAUCGAACUGCUCUUUCAGUAACAUAUCGAUUUAAGGCAUCAUAUGUCUUCCAGUCUCAACUGCUCCCUCUGUGCGUUUUUAUUUCUGUCAUUUCUAUCCAGUGAUGAUGUGUAAUCUCUGAAGAAGAGAACUGAGCCAAGUCUGGCUGCCCCUGCUGGAUAUGUGUGUACACUCUGAGUUAGCCAAGCUGACGGUUGUGUUUGUGUUUGCCAUGAACGAAAGCACCUUUUGUUUUAUAAACUGUGGAUGGAGGUUUUUGUAUCUCUAUUUUUGUAUUUGCUGGAAGAUCAUGUGAGACCUGUAAUGUUGAUGUCGCUGGUUAGAAGAAUUUUCAACCAUGAUUUUAAUAAACAAAAUGUUUUUUUAUGUGGCAGAUUUUGGAGUUAAGACGAUUGAAUUAGGAAAAUAUAAAGCAACGGGUUAAUCUAGGUCAGUCAGUUGUCCAACUUAUUAUCCUUUAAUAUCUGGGUCAUGAAGAUCAGUAACGAAGAACACUAGAGUCUCUUCUUAUUCGGCCUCAUUUGUUCUCUAUAAUAUUGGAUUUGCGUAUCAAUGUCUGCUUUGCUGAGUCACAUAUUGCAGUCGUGCAGGGGUCAGGUGGUCAUGAUGUUACGGCUGGUGAGCCACUCCCGGUUUCAUGUCUGAGAUGAUGUUUUCCUACAUUGAGCCAGACCGUUUUAAUUUGCCAUCU